AUGGGACCCUUCAGGGAAUCCGACCAGGAUGUCGGAGUCCAAGACACCGUGGAAGCUCCCGAACGCGAGCAACAAGAGGGAACACAAGAAGAAGGAAGUAAGAAUGAUGGCCUUGGAAACGUCCCAUCAUACAGUUUAGCGGGCUCUGGCGCACAGAAUCCAAGCAACAACCGUGGAUAUACAAAUCAAGAGUACGAACAGUACAGUUCUCAAUUCCACAAGGGCAAAGAAGGCGAUAGCCCGACAUGGAGUCUAGCCCAGCCACUCCCUCAUAUUCUCCGACCUGGCAUGCGUCAUGGCGCCUUACCAGAGGAUCGACGGGAGGAUCAAGCUCCUAUGGCAGAGAACGGCCAGGAUCUAGCACACAUGGAUGAAGUUCAGAAACAAAAAUCGGUGGAAAAUCGAAAGAAGAAAGUCAACGAUCCGAAAGAAGACGAGUUUUUCAAUACUUGGUCGAAAAUCCGUCACCAUCUUCGCGAACCGCUGGCUGAAUGGCUCGGCACAACUAUGGCAAUGACAAUCGGUCUUUGCGCCACCUUAUCGAACUUUACAUCCUCCGGCCAAGCCGGAUCAUAUCCUGCUCAAAGCGCCGCCUGGGGCUUUGGAUUCAUGGCAGCUAUCUACACCACUGGAGGUAUGUCUGGUGGCCAUUUAAACCCAGCCAUCUCAAUCACGCUAUCUGCGUUCCGUGGAUUCCCUGCGCGUAAAUGCGCAAUUUACAUUGCUGCACAACUCCUCGGUGCUAUCACCGCAGGCGGUAUAUCAUACGCGAUAUACCAUGACGCCAUUGUUGAAGUCACCAAAGUAGCCAAAGUGCCUCAGAAUGCGAGCGUCGCCGCCCAGGCGCUCCUCACGUUACCGAAACCGUUUGUCAAACCUGCGACUGCGUUCUUCACGGAGUUUUUGGGAAGCGCAAUCUUGGUUGGCUCUAUUCUCGCUCUGGGAGAUGAUACGAAUGCUCCUCCAGGAGCGGGAAUGCAGGCUUUCAUUAUUGGGAUUAUCAUCAGUAUUAUAGUCCUUGCACUUGGGUAUAACACCGGAGGUUGUUUCAACGGUGCACGAGACUUUGGCCCUCGACUUGUUGCCCUCAUGGCUGGAUGGGGUGGUAAGAUCUUCAGAGAAUAUCAUGCAUGGUGGGUCUGGGGGCCAUGGGUCGCAGACAUCACCGGUGCAUUGUUUGGCGCCUUGGUCUAUGAUAUGGCUAUCUUUACUGGUGGUGAGAGUCCAGUCAACUAUCCCCGGCGGAGGCGAAAGCGAGCAUACCGUGUGAGAGCCUUGAACUUUCGGAAGAAACUUGGUGUUGGGAAAAGAAAGGUGCCCGAUCUUGAGCGGUCUGUUAAGGAGACCGAGGGAUGA